AGAUUAUUCACUGAAAAGACUUUUGCCUAACAGUUGUGAUUCUUGAGGGGCUAGCCAGACACUAGUCCAGAUGGCAUGUUGUUAGUGCUGGACAGACAUGGCUUUGGAACACUUCUUAACAGAUGAAGUCUAUAAUGUCAGGAUUUUGCUGGGGUUUCUUUAUUUAGUGCCCCCUCCCCAGUUCCCAGGGUGGGAAGGUACUGGGAUGGAAACAGAGGGCUGCCCGCCCACCUGCUGCCACCUGUUCUGCUCUUGCUGCUGCUUUUAUAAAGCCUCCUCUUGCUUGUAAGAUAUGAUCACUGCUUACCCACAGUAACUGAGGAAGGAUCAAUCUUUCUUUUACUUACAGAAAGGCUUGUUUAGAUUGCAAAAUACAUUAUCCUGCGAAGACCAGGUUUUUUCCUGCUGCUUGAUAUAAACUGACCACAGGACUAAUGUGUUUAAUCCAUUAAAAUUUUCUUGGAUUAAAUGGACCUUUUUCUUCAGAAAGUAAUAGUUUGAAAAUGGAGAUUGCAUUUAUUUCUCUUUUGCCAGGUUUAAAGGAAUGUAAAGGAUGAGAAUAACAGACUAGUUGCUAAUUGCAGUUCUGUUUGUUUUUCCUUUCUAAAAACAAUAAGCAACAAUUUUAAAACUACUAGAAAACAGGGUGGUUGUGUUUGGGGCUUUUUUGUGGAUGCUGUAAGAAACCAAAAACCUCUCUCAGUGACUUUCGGGAACACACUUAAGAAGUAUAGAUACUGUAUUCCAAGGGAGUUUUCCCCAAUACAUUUCAGCUACUAUAAUUUUUUGUGGCAGAGAGAGGAAGGUUCAGAAUUAAAGUGGUAUCAAAUAUGAAAUCUUCUAAAUCAAAUGUGGAUUCUGGUGAGUUAGACACCCACUGCAAAGGUGGAACAGGCUGUGUAGCGAAAUAUGGCUCAGAAAGGAUGGAGAGUGCUGCCAAAAGGAGACUGGCUGCUAAUGCCAGGGAAAGAAGAAGAAUGCAAGGACUGAACACAGCCUUCGACCGACUGAGAAAGGUGGUUCCACAGUGGGGUCAAGAUAAAAAACUCUCCAAAUAUGAGACCCUUCAGAUGGCAUUAAGUUACAUUAUGGCUCUAACUAGGAUCCUUGCUGAAGCAGAGAGAUACAGCACUGAAAAGGACUGGAUUAAUUUACACUGUGAACACUUCCAUCAGGAGAGCUACCACACGUAUAUGGAACAGAAAAUGGAAAUUGAGAAUGACCCUUACGCACAAAGAAUAUUCAGUUAUCCACCUGACCAUUUUCAAAUAACUAAUUAGUGCUAAUUAUGGACUAAUAUCACUCAACAAACCAAAUGAGUAAUUUUGAAAAGUUAGCCAGAAUUAAGCUGAUGAAUAAGGUAAUCUUGUUAUUAUAAUAGCUAUAUUCUUGCUACUUAUGGUGAUGUUUCUAAAAUAAAUUUGUUUUGAGAAUUUUAAAUUGCUGUGCAUCUAAGAUGAUUGUUUCCUUAUUACUAAUGACAUAUGUAUAACAAAUUUGUGUUGUAUAUUUUAUUGAUGAAAUAUUUGUAACAAUCCCCUCAUAAUUCAUUUGAAUCUGUUAUUAAAUUUUACAUUGUCUUUGCUGUGAUGGAUCAUGUCAGAUAAUAUUUUAUACGCCAAUGACCAAAUUGAUCCAGGGUAUAACUCAAUGGAGUUGAACAGGGAUACAUUUGUUCCUGUGUGUCUUUUUAUGUCAGCUUUGAGGAUACAUUUUUGUUUCCUAUCCAAUGGAUACCAUGAAAAAGAUAAUUUAAAUGCAUUAAAAGUCAGAGAACUAACUUUAAACUUUGUAAGUUUGAUAUAUGGAUGUGUAGGUUUAAUACUACUUAACAGUUUCUCAGAAAAAUGCUAAUUUCAGGUAGCAUGCAAAAUGUUUUUUCUUUAAGCUGGCUGUACAAGUAGAUGUAAAGUGUAUACUAGCAUGAAAGUAGAAAUCUCACUUUUAAAUUUUGUAGGUUUUAUCUACAAUGUUUUGUGGGUUUUUUCUUCUUUUUUUUCUUC